GUUCCUCUUUUCGAGAGCAGCAUGCUCCACGGAGCGUCUGUUUUUUUUUUUUUUUUUUUUUUUGGGUUAGCUCAGACUCCACCCGAACCCGAUGACCCACCACCACCACCACCGCUUGUGCGCCGCAGGUGGCGGUAAUUCUGUGGACCAGCGCGCUCAAAAGAGGGAGGUCUGUGGGACCGCGGGUGGCGACAUCCUCGGCCACCAAUGGAGUUGGCCCCUGUCGUUUCCUCUAAACGAUCUCCACACUUUGGAGCGCCAAGUGACUUUUGCCGUCGAUGCUGUCCUUUCUCUGCCGGCAGGUCUCAUCCUUCUCUUCUAUUUGGUUUUCUACAUCUUCCUGGCCGGCCUGUUUGCGCUCACCAUGUACGUCAUGCUGCAAACUUUGGAUGACCACAAGCCGACCUGGCAAGACCGGCUCACCACGCCAGGGAUGGUGAUUCGACCCAAAUCCGACGAGACUUUUGAGAUUAUUUAUAAUGUCCAGAAAACCGAGAGCUGGGACAUGUACGCUCAGGCCCUGGACAAGUUCCUGGAACCUUACAACAGCACCGUCCAAGCCCAGAAAAACGACGAAUGCACCCCGGACCGGUACUUCCUCCAGGAGGACAGCGGCGACGUGAAGAACAACCCCAAGCGCUCCUGUCAGUUCAGUCGCAGCCUUCUGCAGGACUGCUCGGGACUCACCGACCGUUACUACGGAUACCAGGACGGCAAGCCGUGCAUCAUAAUCAAGAUGAAUCGGGUGAUCGGCUUGCUGCCAGGAAAGGACGGACAGGCGCCGUUCAUCACUUGCGGCGCAAAGAGAGAAGACACCGACAAAAUUGGAGAGUUGAAGUACUUUCCGUCCAACGGCACGUUCAACCUCAUGUACUACCCUUACUACGGCAAGAAAGCUCAGGUGAACUACUCGCAGCCGCUGGUCGCCGUCAAGUUCCUCAACGUGACGGUCAACCAAGACGUCAACAUCGAGUGCAAGAUCAACUCCAACAACAUCCCCGGCGGAAGUGAAAGGGACAAGUUUGCCGGCCGGGUGUCUUUCAAGCUGAGGAUCAACACCGUCGAUUAGGUUUCUCCGAGGCUUUUUUUCUUGGUUUGUUUUGUUUUCAGCCCCUCCUCCGAAAAGUCGCAUCUUGGCACAGAAGACAAGUGCAGCAUUGCCACCCGUAGCGGGUUUUGUCCACAACCCUCCAAAAAUCGAGGGUGGUAAUCCUGCAACGAUUUCUGUCUGCGAGCCUGGGGGCAAAUUUCUUUCUGUAAAUUGUUUAUACUGCAUGACCAACCGGAAGGGCAAAACCAAGGCUGUACCAAAAAAACCAAAACCGCGUGGUUUUCAAAGAAGUAUGAAGAAGUAUCGCUGCUCCCGUCUCGCUGCCUCCACUCCUCCGUACGUCAGACGCACCGACACCGAACCGACCCUCAACCAAUCGAUUCGCCUCUUUUUAAACAUGAUUUGUCUCAUUCCGCACGCUCCCAAAACCGGCCUCUCGUCGUCUUCGUCGCAGAGCGCCGCUCAACGGCGCCUCUGCUGGUUGCAGGGAAGUAGCGCGCUCCCCUGACGCGCAUCCACCGAUCCCGAACACAAUCCUCAAAUUCGGCCAAAUUUGUCGCAAGUGACAGAUGGUCAUCCUGACGGAUAGACGCCGAGAUGAAUCCGUUUUGCACGCGUGCAUCGUCUUGAGUGCACGAUGGGGGUCGGCGCCACCCCCAUAACCCCCCACCCCCCGCCCUGACCCCGUUGACCGCCACGAAGGACGUAAAUCGCCAUCUGACGAGAAAGACUUCGGUUGAGUCGGGAAGUCGCAUCCGUUGUGCAACAGUGUCGAUCGAUGGAUCUUCCGUUCACUCGUCGACGACUUCCACGGUUGCGUCCGCUUUGCGUUUCUUUCUGGAAAUGUUCAAAGACGUUGCCGGUUUAUAUUUUGCAUUUAUUCGGCGGCGCUUUGGAGGGGGAGGAGCUUCCGAUGGUGAUAGUUUGCACUUGUUCCCUUUGUCAAAUCGUCUCCAUCUAACGACAAAGCAUGAUCCAACCAUUUUAAUGUGGCAAACGUAAGUGAAGGAUCUGGUCGAGGCCACUAUUUGAGUUUUUUGCGCCGUCGUUUUUCCAGUGCAGUCGCACGCCUCUCCCCUGUCCCUGCGACACUUAAUUUCCCUCUAAUCUCUUAAUCCGGUGGGCUAAUCCAGCGCCUGCACGCUGAACUUCUUUACCCUACUUUGUUGCGCCUCCUCCUCUUCGUCAUCGCCUCCAAAAUGCACUUUUGAAACUCGGAUCGGUCAUUGGCUGACGUCUCCGGAUUCUCGCGGCAUUCAACCACCAAGAUGAGCGACGAAUGCGCCAAAAUGCGGUUGAAAAAGACGCGACAGCGCCCCCCGGUGGACAGAACGCCGUCCACGUUGUUCACCAUCCAUCCGAGUUCCCGUUCGAAGAUGUCCUCAGACAUCGAUAUUUUCAUUUUUGUCGCUCAGCCGCGCGAUGGAUUCGUGCAAAACGGAUGCAACGGAAGAGCAGUUUGUUUGAAUGAAAGUGUAAAGCACAAAAACCAGAAGGAGGCACAAUGUGUUCCAGUCCAAAAAUAUUGAUAUUCCACCCCCCCCCCAGCCCCAUCCCCUUAUAUAACCCUCAUAUGAAAUCAUAUCCAGAGUGUCACUUUUGUUGCCCGAAUGGAUGAUAAUUCUACUCUGCAUUUGGAUUAUUUAUGUAUCUAUUUUUGCUCUGACCGUAUGUAU